CUUCCAUCUCUCUUCUCCCAUUAACUCAUAACCAUCUCUCUCUCUCUCUCUCUCUCAACAAAUCCUCCAUUCAAGGCCUCCUUGUCCUGGCAUUACAUCCACCGGGAAAGAUGCAUUUCUGUGGAGCUUGAAAAUAGGAGGAGGAUUUGAAGCUCUCCAAUGGAACAUUUUGCCUCUCCUUAGGAGGAUGAUCGACUGCAUCGGCGACGAAUAAAAGAUGGGUCGUGUUAAGCUAGAGAUAAGGAGGAUAGAGAACAUCACGAACCGCCAAGUGACGUUCUCGAAGCGCAGGAAUGGGCUCAUCAAGAAGGCGUACGAGCUCUCCGUCCUCUGCGACAUCGACAUCGCUCUCAUCAUGUUCUCUCCCUCCGACCGCGUGAGCCACUUUUCGGGAAAAAGAAGGAUCGAGGAUGUGUUCACCCGUUUCAUUAACCUCUCCGACCAAGAACGAGACACUCCUAGAUGUCCAGGAUCGUCGCACGCUGACCACCCCAAAUUUCCCGCUAUCCAAAAUAAAGAGUACUUGCUCAGGACCCUCCAGCAACUCAGGAAUGAGAAUGACCUCGCUCUCCAAAUUGCAAAUCCGGGGGCAGUCGACUCCGAUGCCGAGGAGCUCCAUCAGCAAAUUGGCAUAUUGAGGCAGCAACUUCUGGAGGCAGACGAGCAGAUACGAAUAUAUGAGCCGACUCUGCUUCCAAAAAAUACAUCUUUGAAGGAUCUGGAGUCAAUUGAGAAUACUCUUGUGGACACCCUUCAACGCGUGGUGCAGAGAAAGGAGCAGUUGAUGGUAAACCAUCUAUCUCCUUACGAUCCAUCCGGUAUGCAGCAAGGGAUGUCGAGCUCCUUCGACAAUGAUGUCGGGUGGUUGUCGGAAAACGAUCCAAACAAUGCGCAGUUCUUCGACUCAUCCGCUUCUCUCAUGCAAGUCAGGGAUCUCUCAUCUUCACUAUAUCAAACGUUAGUACAAGCGACGGGCUCAAGCUGCAUUGACCCAAGAAGCAUGGCAGAGUCACAUGUAUCAAACCCUAGUGAAGGAAAUAUCUCAGCUUGGCCUCAGGAGUACACUUCAACUGCCCACAAUCCAAAUAUGAUUCCUCAGUCCUUUUACACUCAGCAUGGCAUGGGGGUCCCGGAAUUGCCAGAAGUGAUGCAAUGUGAGCAGGUGGAGAUGCCAAUGAGCAGCUCCCACCUAACAGCAGAUAAUGAAGCUCCACAAUAUGACACAGAAAGCCCUCAUAUCAAUGGGCAAUGAGUAAUUAAUUAUUAUUAUUUUUUGAUUACCCUUUGUUGGGUUAAAUUGUAUUUAGAAAAGUGCUUACGUGUGUGGAGAAACCCACUCCAGCAAUUACUUGUAAUUAGUGGCCAGAAUCUUUCACGUGAAAGCUUUGUAGAAUAUAAUGAAUUGUUGUGAAAUAUGAAGUUC